GUUUUGUUUCUUUAAGAGAGAGAAGUUUCCUCUUUGCAGAGACGUGUCUGGAAUGCUCAGUGCAGGAGGGGCUACAGGGUUAUAUAAUCUCAAGGCAGAAGUGCUGAGAGUUUAGAGUGAGUUACACUGUGCACCAUAUACUAGGAAAUCCAGCACAAGAAAACAUGUCUGGAAAACCCAAGCUGUACUACGUCAAUGGACGAGGCCGGAUGGAACCAAUUCGGUGGCUACUGGCAACAGCUGGGGUUGAGUUUGAAGAAUCAUUCAUAGAAACAAAGGAGGAUCUAACAAAGUUACAGAAGGAUGGAUUCCUGCUCUUUCAGCAAGUGCCAAUGGUAGAGAUGGACGGGAUGAAGCUGGUGCAGACCAGAGCCAUUGCCAACUACAUAGCAACGAAGUACAACCUCUAUGGGAAGGACCUGAAGGAGAGAGCCCUAAUCGAUAUGUACGUGGAAGGAAUGUUUGAUCUGAAUGAGUUACUCAUCAUGUAUGAAAUCCAACCAGCAGACAAAAAAGAGCAGUAUUUUGCUAAUAUGAUGGACAAAGCAACAAAUAGAUACUUCCCAGUCUUUGAGAAGGUUUUGAAAGACCAUGGAAAAGACUUCCUGGUCGGCAACCAGCUGAGCAGGGCAGAUGUGCAAUUACUGGAAAUCCUUUUAAUGGCAGAGGAGUUCAAAGCUGGUAUACUUGCCAGAUUUCCUCUCUUGCAGAGCUUCAAAGCAAGAAUAAGCAAUAUCCCCACAAUAAAGAAAUUCCUGCAGCCUGGCAGCCGAAGGAAACCACCAUCAGAUGAGGAUGAUGUGGACAAAGUGAUCAAAAUUUUCUUCUCCUGAACAGCACCCUAAAGCCGCAGAAACUUUUUCAUUGUAUUUGUAGAUUGUAGCAAAGUGAAAUUAAUUAAGAGAUUGGAAAUGUCAAAUCAAUAAAGAGUGAAGAAAUGGUUCCUGAUCUCUCUUUCCUUAGCUAUAGAGGAAUGGCUAGAUAGCAAAGGUCACGUUCCCAUGCAGCAGUUAGCUGGGAAAGAAUUAGACAAUGGAGUAGAGUUGGUGUGAGAUGUUGCAAAGUCAGGAAGACCUUAGUGAUGAUAACUGUUAACUGAGAACAGGAAGCUGUGAUCAGAAGAAUGUGAAUUCAGCAUAGAUGAGUGAUCGCAGGAAUGUGGAACUAGGUGGAGUUGACCUUAAAUGAAAUAUCCAAUAAUGAGCUUGCUUUUGCACUAUGUAUGAGCCUAAUUAUUGAUGCUAUAUAAGUGAUUUUAGAGUUACCAAUAAAUGAGACUUGCUGAUCAUUCA